AUGCCGGCGUCUAAUUUGUUCGCUGAGAUGGAUCGCGGUAGCGGUAUAGGGGACGAAAGGGCUUUGCAAUUAGCCCUCGAGCUGUCUAUGCUGGGCUUCAGCGAGCCCCUUUCGUCCGUGGUUUCGGAACCGGACAGCCCUACCGAGCUCACGGCCUUCGUGAAUCCCAUGGCCAACGUGGGGUUGGACGAGGUCAGAUCGAAGAAGUCCCAGAACAUGACGGAGUGUGUUCCAGUGCCCAGUUCGGAACAUGUGGCUGAGAUCGUUGGCAGACAAGAAUUUCUGUUGCUCUUCAUUUUUUUUGUGGAAACUAUGGUGAUAGAAGAUGCCAUGCUAGACUAA